GUAGUAACCUUUUAUAAGAAGGUACUUCGGAAAUGGCCGCGUAUUGUACUCAAUAAAUAUAGUCGAUUUAGCGCGGAAAAGAUUUACAAAGAAAAAAAAGCAAACACUAAAUUUGUUUUUGACCUUUUAAAAAUCUUCCUCCGAGGCUCCGACCUGGUCACAUCCUCGACGGCUCGACUCUUCUAUCUUCUUCAUCCUAUAGUCUUCUUCUUGUUAUUUGCUUCGCAAAUUCUAUAGAUUCUUGUGAGAAAAUCUAUUUGACUUCUCGUUCUUGACUUCUUGUUAUCUCUCGUCUGGUCUGGUCGGGUUUUUCUUUUGGUCUGACGGGAUCGGAGCCGAUGCUCAAAUUGGUUGACUUGCCCGUUCUUCACAAAUUCACGCUCUACCGCACUCGCACGAACUAUUACUUGAUUGGGAGAGACGAGAAGAAAACCUUUUGGAGGAUUCUUAAGAUUGAUCGGACCGAUCCAAACGAGUUGAAUUUAUUCGAAGAUCCUACAAGGUAUACGCAUGACGAAAUCACCCAACUUAAAAAAUGGAUUAGUCGAGGGAACCAGAAGUAUGGUGGCCUUAGAGCAGAGACAACUUGCUAUGGAAUCAUUGGGUUUGUGAAAUUCUUGGGGCCUUAUUACAUGCUGGUCAUUAAAAGAAGAAAGAAAGUGGGCGAGAUCUGCGGACAUACUGUUUAUGGUGUAGCAGAGAGUCAAAUGAUCAUGAUUCCAUAUCCUUCCAGGAAAACGAUAGAUGCUGAUUCUUCAGCCGAGCGAAAGUACAAGAAGCUCCUAAACAUGGUGGAUCUUAGCAAAGACUUCUACUUCAGCUACACAUAUCACCUCAUGUAUAGCCUCCAAAAGAACAUAUGCAACACUGAGAGAGGAAAAAUUCACGACGAAACCAUGUUCGUGUGGAAUGAAUAUUUAACGCACGGAAUCAGAAGGAACCUCCGGAAUACCGUAUGGACAGUUGCACUGGUAUAUGGAUUCUUUCAACAGACUAAAUGUUUAGUGUCUGAUGAACAAUUUAUACUGACUGUCAUUGCUCGUCGUUCACGCCAUUAUGCUGGUACAAGAUAUUUAAGGCGUGGUGUAAAUGAGGAAGGCAGCGUAGCCAACGAGGUUGAGACAGAGCAGAUUGUUACCAAAGAGGUUCCAGAGGGUCAGAAAAUUCCAAUGACAUCAGUCGUGCAGAUGCGAGGCUCCAUUCCCCUAUUUUGGUCACAGAAACCAUCUGUGUUCAACCCACAACCCAAUAUAAUAUUGAACAACAAGGACCGGAAUUACGUGGCUACUAAACUCCACUUUGAGAAUCUGAAACAGAGAUAUGGAAAGCUUAUAAUCAUCCUGAAUCUUUUAAAAGCAGGAAAGCAUCGGGAAAACAUCUUACGGGAAGAGUUUGAAAAGGCAAUCUUGUUUAUCAACGGAGGCACCAGGAGGGAGAACCAUUUAAAGGCAAACCAUUUUGAUCUAAAUGAACACUACAAAAGUGGAGCUGAUCGUGCAUUCAAGCUCUUGUGUGCCGAUGGGAAGGAAGCAUUGGAAUCAAUUAACUUAUUUUUCGGUGAGGUUCCUUCAGGCAUAGGAGCUGAUCUCGUAAUUAACGACACAUUUUUCAAUAGCCCUAUUCUGAAUCAAGAUGAAGAGGCAACUAGCUCAGAACAAGAAGCUUUGAAGGCAGAUAUAUUCAUGCGUCAAACUGGGGUCUUUAGGUCAAACUGCAUAGACUGCUUGGAUCGUACUAAUGUUGCUCAGUUCGCCUAUGGAUUGGUAGCUCUUGCUCGUCAGCUGCAGAAAUUGGGUAUCAGAGGACCUCCUAUCGUCGAUAAGAACAAUCCUUUGGCAAAGAAAUUGAUGGAAGUUUAUGAAAAUAUGGGUGAUGCAAUUGCAAUGCAGUAUGCUGGCUCAGACGCACACAUCAAGAUGUUCAGUGCUCUUAGAGGUGAUUGGAACAUAAUAAAGAAGAACCGUGAUAAGAUCAUAGCUUUGCGUCGCCACUUAUACAACACUUUUCAGGACAGCGAAAAGCAGAACGCCAUAAAUGUGUUCUUGGGGGAAUUCAAGCCUCAGUUGGGGAAGCCAGCCUUGUGGGAGUUGCCCUCUGACCAGCGAAACACUAUGAGAAAUAGUUCUAACUUGAAUAUCAAUAAGCUGAGGCCAAAUCAUUCAAGAUCCUUUUCCGAUAACCUCAUCUUGGAGAGUUUGGAUCCGAAGGAGCUGGUACAAGAAAAUCAUCAGCCUUCACGUGCAGGGUUAAAUAGUGGCUGGGAAACCACUUCAAAUGGUGGCUGGGAAACCACUUCAAACGGUGGCUGGGAAACCACUUCAGAAGUUGGAUUCUGUGAAGCAGAACCAUCUUCUUCAAGAGUCCACUCAGUUAUUCGCGAUGAAGAUAAUUUGAGAGGAAUAGGAUCAAGGCAGAUGUUUCUAGAGGUUGGCUCUACGUCUGAUUCUCACGGGCUCGAAGAUGCACCUGGUCUUUCACACUCAUACAAUGCUACAUUCAUUACGGCAGAGGAAAUGUUUGAACGUUGCAGCUCCACGUCGUCAGACUUAAUUAUUGAGGUAUUUUCCUUCAUUACCAUAUCAGUCUUAAGUAUUGAAGUUACUUUUUUUUUUCUUUUUUUUUUGGUAAUCAUGUUAAAGUAUUGAAGUUACUUGUAACUUACAAGUUGUCAGUUUUGGCAAACAAAGACACUGACUCGGUGGGGUUUUCCCUUCUUUAUUAGGUUCCUUCAGGUCCAAUUUCCAUCUUUAAGGGCGUCUCAGAUGAUUUCGCUCAGUGGGUGGAAGAAGGAAGAGCAUUGUAAAGGGUGUGGAGAUAAAACUGUGCUAUGCUGAGGAAGUAAACGUUGGUUACUUGGCAGGUACGGCAGGGUUGGACAGACAUGUUUACAUGAAGCAUACAAUAAUAGCCGCAUCUUUUUUAAAUACCGACUCAGCUUUGUAAAAGGUCCUCGUUUGUUUGUUUUUUUUUUUUUUUUUUUAAAGGUCCUCGUUUGUUGUUUCUCUUUUUUUUUCCUACCAAAAUUGAUUUAUAUCUUUGAUUUUUGUUUUUGUUAUAUAGAAAGGGUGUGGUUUGUUUAGUUUUAUAGUCAUUUGUUGCUGCCCAAUGCUCAAAAAAGUGUGUGAUAAGAAAACGUUAGAAGUAAUAGAAUAUCCAUCUCCAUUGGAGGGAUUUACAACGUAGAGUAUCUCACAAACAAAUAGUUGUAUUUAGGUGAAUGAGUAUCCGGUUUAGAAUAGUUAUCGGUCUUUUUCAUGCCAAUCCGAUUGUGUUGAACCGACUUACUAACUUUGCGUUCAAAUUAGUUGGAA